AAUCCCAUGUACAGCUGUCAGAGGGACCCAAAACGAUUAAUACACCCUGCUCUAGAUGCAACGCUGAAACUGCUUUCUCGUUGGUCCCAUUCUUAUGUAGGGAGUGAUUUAGUUCACACCCACACCACACAUAUAUUGAUUCUAGUGUUGAAACAGUAAUUUUCCUGUAGACCAACAUUCACAAAACGGGGCCUUGAGGAGGGAUAGACGGGGGUGAAGAGAAAGCGAGCUAGGAGCGAGAGGGAUGUUUCGUUGCCAUGGUAAGAAGUGGAUUAAUCGUGAUGUUCGGAUCUUCGUGGAGAGGUCUUUGCAGAGUGCUUGAUUCACACCUAAUGCCAUAUACAUGGACCCCCAUUGAAUCAUUAAGGUUAUGAAGCCAACUAUCACCUGCAUCUCCUCAGCAAGACGUUGCCUUGGAGACAACAUUUCUUCAUUAGGCUGUGUUUGGAAAUACCAGAGAAAUGAAAGCUUUGCUGUACCCAGAGUGGAAUAGAAGACUUCAGAGAUAUUUCCCCAGCCAACAAAUCCCGGUAUUUCUCUUCUGGUCAUGAAGUUUCCCUGAGUGCACAGGAGGCACAUUACUGGGGUACCUAAAAUGAGCCUCUUGCUUCUGCUCGUGCUUUUUCUGUUGGGGGAGAUCGGGCUGGCGCACUCAGGCCUCCUGGUAAAGGCGCAGACCAACGAGAGACGGGUCGUCGCUCAUUCCCCGGGUGACAUCAUCAUCGGCGCCCUGUUCUCGGUGCACCACCAGCCCCAGGCCGACAAGGUGCAUGAGCGGAAGUGCGGGGCGGUGCGGGAGCAGUACGGGAUCCAACGUGUGGAGGCCAUGCUGCACACCCUGGACCGCAUCAACACCGACCCCAAGAUCCUGCCCAACAUCACGCUGGGCUGCGAGAUCCGCGACUCCUGCUGGCACUCCGCCGUGGCCCUGGAGCAGAGCAUCGAGUUCAUCCGGGACUCCCUGGUGUCCUCCGAGGAAGAGGAGGGCAUGACGCGCUGCUCCGAGAGCGGAGCCACGCCCAUGCGGGGGAAGAAGCCCAUCGUGGGUGUGAUCGGACCUGGGUCCAGCUCAGUGGCCAUCCAGGUGCAGAACCUGCUGCAGCUCUUCAACAUCCCCCAGAUUGCUUACUCCGCCACCAGCAUGGACCUCAGUGACAAGUCCCUGUAUAAGUACUUCAUGAGGGUGGUGCCUUCCGACGCCCAGCAAGCCCGAGCCAUGGUGGACAUUGUGAAGAGGUACAACUGGAGCUACGUUUCGGCCAUCCACACAGAGGGGAACUAUGGGGAGAGUGGCAUGGAGGCAUUCAAAGACAUGGCGGCCAAAGAGGGGAUCUGCAUCGCCCACUCGGACAAGAUCUACAGCAACGCCGGGGAGCACAGCUUCGACAGGCUGCUGCUGAAGCUGCGCGGCCACCUGCCCAAGGCCCGUGUGGUGGCCUGCUUCUGCGAGGGCAUGACCGUGCGCGGCAUUCUCAUGGCCAUGCGGCGGCAGAAUCUGGUGGGGGAGUUCCUGCUGGUUGGGAGUGAUGGCUGGGCUGACCGCUACGACGUCACAGACGGGUUUGUCCGAGAGGCCGCUGGCGGCAUUACCAUCAAACUGCAGUCAGCGGACGUCAAGUGGUUUGAUGACUACUACCUGAAGCUGAGGCCUGAGACCAACCUGCGCAACCCCUGGUUCCCUGAAUUCUGGCAGCACCGCUUCCAGUGCCGCCUCAAAGGCCACCCACAGGAGAGCAUCAAGUACAACCGCACCUGCAGCAAAAAGGAGAACCUCCGACAGCAGUAUGCACAGGACACCAAGAUGGGGUUUGUCAUUAACGCCAUCUACUCCAUGGCCUACGGACUCCACAACAUGCAGAAAGCCCUGUGCCCAGGAGUCGCUGGCCUCUGUGACGCCAUGAGGCCCAUCGAUGGCAGGAAGCUCCUGGACUUCCUCAUGAUGACCAACUUCACAGGCGUGUCUGGGAAGGAAAUCCUAUUCGACGAGAAUGGAGACUCCCCAGGGAGGUAUGAAAUCAUGAAUUUUAAGAAGAUGGGCAAGGACUACUAUGACUACAUUAACGUGGGAAGCUGGGACAACAGUGGUCUAAAAAUUGAUGAUGAUGAGAUUUGGGCCAACAAGAAUGCCAUCAUCAAAUCGGUCUGCAGUGAGCCAUGUGACAAGGGCCAGAUAAAGGUGAUCCGCAAAGGUGAAGUCAGCUGCUGUUGGACCUGCACACCCUGUAAAGAGAAUGAGUUUGUUUUCGAUGAGUACACCUGCCGCGCCUGCGUGCUGGGCUCCUGGCCCACAGAUGACCUCACAGGCUGUGACCCCAUUCCCGUGGAGUACCUCCGCUGGGGUGACCCCGAGCCCAUUGCUGCUGUGGUCUUCGCCUGCCUCGGCCUCCUGGCCACCUUUUUCGUCACCUCCAUCUUUAUCAUAUACCGGGACACGCCUGUGGUCAAGUCCUCCAGCCGCGAACUCUGCUACAUCAUCCUGGCGGGCAUCUGCCUGGGCUACCUCUGCACCUUCUGCCUCAUCGCCAAGCCGCACGUGGUCUACUGCUACCUGCAGAGGGUGGGCAUCGGCCUGUCACCCGCCAUGAGCUACUCGGCCCUGGUCACCAAGACCAACCGCAUCGCCCGCAUCCUGGCCGGCAGCAAGAAGAAGAUCUGCACCAAGAAGCCGCGCUUCAUGAGCGCCUGCGCCCAGCUGGUCAUCGCCUUCAUUCUCAUCAUCCUGCAGCUGAGCAUCAUCGUGGCCCUCUUCAUCAUGGAGCCACCUGAGGUCAUCCACGACUACCCCAGCAUCCGCGAGGUCAACCUCAUCUGCUACACCACCAACCUGGGCGUGGUGGCGCCGCUGGGCUACAACGGCCUACUCAUCCUCAGCUGCACCUUCUAUGCCUUCAAGACGCGCAACGUGCCGGCCAACUUCAAUGAGGCCAAGUACAUCGCCUUCACCAUGUACACCACCUGCAUCAUCUGGCUGGCCUUCGUGCCCAUCUACUUCGGCAGCAACUACAAGAUCAUCACCAUGUGCUUCUCCGUGAGCCUGAGCGCCACGGUGGCGCUGGGCUGCAUGUUCGUGCCCAAGGUCUACAUCAUCCUGGCCAAGCCCGAGCGCAAUGUGCGCAGCGCCUUCACCACCUCCACCGUGGUGCGCAUGCACGUGGGCGAUGGGAAGUCCUCCUCCGCUGCCAGCCGCUCCAGCAGCCUGGUCAACCUGUGGAAGCGCAGAGGGUCCUCCGGCGAAACCCUAAGCUCAAAUGGCAAGUCAGUCACGUGGGCCCAGAACGAGAGAGGCACUAGAGGGAACCAUCUGUGGAAGCGACUGUCCUUCCACAUCAAAAAGAAGGAGAGCAACCAGACGGCUGUGAUCAAGCCCUUCUCCAAGGCCCCCGAGAGCCGCUACGGAGGCGACAUCACGCCCGAGUCCGGCGCCAAGAUGCUGUACGAGGUGUCGGAGGCGGAGGAGCACUACCCGGUGACGUACCGGCCGCAGACGCCCUCGCCCAUCAGCACGGUCAGCCAGCGCGCCGCCUCGCUGGGCUGCGCCCCCGAGGAGCCGGCGGUGCCCACCUACCUGAGCGAGCAGCCCCAGCGCAGCUGCUCCUCGCAGGGCUCGCUCAUGGACCAGAUCAGCUGCGUGGUCAACCGCUUCACUGCCAACAUCAGCGAACUCAACAGCAUGAUGCUGUCCAGCUCUCCACCAGGCCCCUCCGGCGCUGGGGCCGCCUCCGACCCCUGCCCGCCGCCCUUCCUCAUCCCCCGCGAGAUCCAGCUGCCCACCACCAUGACCACCUUCGCGGAGGUGCAGCCCGUGCCCUCCCUGGAGGGGAACGGGCACCUGCAGGCCAUCUGCAAGACGUCGUCCACUAGCAUCAAGGAGGCAACCUCCGAGUCAUCCGCCAUCAAGACCGACCUGGAGGAGCUGGUGGCCCUGACGCCGCCCUCGCCUUUCAGGGAUUCAGUCGACUCAGGCAGCGCCUCGCCCUCUUCGCCCGCGUCUGAGUCUGCCCUGUGCAUCCCCGCCUCCCCCAAAUACGACAGACUAGUGCUGCGUGACUACAGCCAAAGCUCCUCGUCCUUGUGAAGGGAACAGAAAACCCGGGGAGGAAGCCGGAAAAACCACAACACUGGAACGCGGCAAGAACAGCGAGAGCAACACACCUACUGUGUCUCCUAUGUUUACAAUAGAUUUGGUAGCUGACGUAUAAAGUAGAGGAGAAAGGCAGAGGUGAUUGGUUCGACUGACAAAGCUACCGAUAAAUCAUCUCUUGUUUUUUGUAUGAUUUGGAAAAACAAUGUGUUCAAUGUACUAUACUUCGGACUCUUUUUGAGUUUGGUUGUUCUUUAUUUGGUAGUGGCCUUACACAAACAUGGCUUUCAACUAAUUAGAGCUGUUUUAGAUUUGGGCAUCUGUGGGCUUACUGUUCCCAGAGGACCCACACCUCCAUAGUGUUGGUAUUGCUAGGAGGACAUUAGGGAAGGAAGGUCUUUGUGGACCGAUGCCACUCGUGGGUGCUUAAAUGAUAUUAGAGAACAGUCCAUCUGGUCUGCCUGGGCUACACUGUAAAUAUGAAGUUUGAUAGGCCUGCUGGCAAGUUAUCAGACAUGCUACUACAAAGUGCUUUGCUUGACCACCAUAAAAAUGUGUAUAUAUACAUAAAAUAGUGCAUUUGUCAUAUGAAGUUUUUCUUAUAUUUAUUUUUGAUCUGAUGACUUUUUAUCAUCCUUCUUUUCAUUUAUUUAUUUAUUUUUUCCAGAACAAACGCUUCAUGAUUUUGAAUGUAUAUUUCCUGAAUAAUUCUCGAACGAUGUGGGACCAAAAUUAUCUCGUACCUCUUGAGUGUUUGGAAAAUAGUCAUCCAUAAGACCAAGCAUUCAGUGUAGAUCCUGAAGUGACCGACAUUAGCUUGUGCUCAGUACUGUGCUAAUUCAAUGUGUUUCAAACAGAGAGCGUUUAAAUGUUAGCUUAAUGAAGUGAAUUUGUUAGUUGACUGAGUGAAAAGUGGUCAUGUUUAUGGCACCAUACAACACAUUAAAUCAUGAAUUGGUUGAUUAAUUGUCUUACGGGUGAAUAAAAGUGAAAUGAGGUUUAUUUCUUUCAUGACUGUAUUUCCCCACUUUAAAAGGGCUCUUCACUUUCUUGAGUGUAUUUAGAAUGCAUGUUAUCAUGCAAUGCUGGUACUAGCCUCUGUUUUCUCAGCCCUGUACACAGAGAGUUAUUUAAAAACAACAUGUACCUGAAAAGUAAAUUGACAGAGAUGUCUUUAUGAGGGAACACAACUGUAAUUAAUACAAUUGUCAAGAAUGUGACCGAUUAUAUACCAACUAUAAAACUAGUCUCUAUUCACCAAGAUGCCGAUAAGCAGAAAAUUAAAUGUUCCUUUUAUUUAUCAUAGCAUAUAGUUAUUGUAAAU